CGUUAUCGCCUAAAUGAUGACGUCAGUAUUUGACGUCAUACGUACGCCAUGAUAUAACGUGAAAAUUUCGUUGAUUUCAGUGGACACAAUACCCAUGAUCAAGUUCAUUGCAGUUUAGAAAUAAACCGGGAUACGACGCGGGACGUUCGUUGUCAGUCUACAGACGAAAAGCGACAAAUAAUGCAAUAUUCGUCGACAUUUCCUUCACGCAGAAUACAGCUCGCCGCAGCCGCGAAACGACACACUUUAAAAAUGAGCUAGAGAACGGUCGUCGUAAUUUAAGCCGUGGAAGGAAAGCAGUCGAAGUCAUGUGACGUGCAUAGCUUUGUUUACAAUUGAUUUGGAGAUUGCAUACUUUUCUUUAGAUUUUGAGAUUGUAAAAAAAACACCAAAAAAAAAACAACCCAAAAAACACCGAAACGAAAUAAAAGAAGACGAAACAACCAAAAAAACCCAAACAACCCCCCCCCCCCCCCCAAAAAAAAAAACCCAAAAGACUAAAAAAAAAAAAAAAAAAAAAAAAAAAAAAAGGCUGACAUUGAUGUGAUAAUGUGUAAAUGCUGUUAUACAUGUAUAAAAGAUUCGAACACCUGCUCAGUCGGUAACGAUGUCAAUAACUGGAGUAGUCGAAAUCGAAUUCGGGGGAGAUCACUAUUGAUUUGCACAGCGUAUGUCUAACAACUCUACGUCAUCUUACUGUGACGCGAUUCUAGCCAGCUCGGCGGGGCCUCCGCCCGUCUACAACCACACGACCCGGAUGGCGAUAGCGGCCGUGCUUGGGAUCUUGCUAGCCGUCACGUUCCUAGGCAACGUCGUGCUCAUCCUCGCCAUCGUGCAGAACCGGCGGCUGCAUACACGUACUAACGUCUUCGUGGCGUCGCUUGCAACCGCCGACAUCGGCGUAUCGCUGCUCGUGAUGCCGUUCGGGAUCUACCAGCAGGCGAGCAACAAGGAGUGGCGUCUGGGCGAACUCGUCUGUCUGCUGUCGACGAGCGCGGACGUGAUGCUGUGCACGGUGUCCAUCCUGCACCUGUUGUGCCUGUGUCUGGACCGCUACCUCGCCAUCUGCCACCCGUACCUGCUGCAACACGUGGGGAAGCGGCUCACCUGCCAGAUUAUCGUCGCUUGCUGGGUGCUUCCCAUCUUCAUCUCCUUCCUGCCCAUCAUGAACAAGUGGAACACCAUCGGCAUCGAGCACUUCAUCGCUUGCCUGGUGCCGCCAGAGGGCGUGUGCGUGUUCCUCGUGAACCCGGAGUUCGCCGUGAUCUGUUCCAUCGUGGCCUUCUACAUCCCGGUGACCACCAUGACUGUCUGCUACUGGAGGAUCUACCGGAUCGCGCAGUCCCAGAUGGAGCAGAUAUCGAAGAUGACUCUUGGAAAGCUGAGGAAAAAGACGAAAGCCGCCACCACCCUUGUGAUCGUGAUGGCGUGCUUUUCCAUCUGUUGGUCGCCUUUCUUCCUCCUCAACGUCAUCGACCCGUUCAUCGGCUACAGGAUUCCGUACGUGGCGUGGCUGGUGGCACAGUGGCUCGGCUACAUAAACUCCGCCAUGAACCCAUUCCUCUUCUCCUUCUUCAACAGCACCUUCAGGGUCAGCAUCUGCAGAGUGCUCGGCUGUAACAAAUACCGCAGCAAAAUAGAAACUGAGACUUCUGUAACUAUGUCACUGCAAGAUUCCACAUUUAGAUGACGCAAAAGUGUGUGUGCGUGCGUAUCCGUGCGUGCGCGUAUAUGUGUAAUCAUGUGUAUGCAUACGUAUAUGUGUAUAUAUUGUCUAUAUGUCGGUGUGUAUUGUGUGUUGUGUUUGAGUAUAGUGUUUAUUAUUUGUGUGUGUGUACUGUGUGCUAUGUUUGAGUAUUGUCUGUAUUAUUUGUGUGUGUGUGUGUGUGUGUGUGUGUGUGUGUGUGUGUGUGUGUGUGUGUGUGAAUUAUGUGCGCAUUCAAUGGUACCAUUUUGUCAUCGUCUUUUUAAAGAACGUUUUGACACUGUCCUGGUUAUUCACAAAAGGAAUGAUAUAAAAUAAUAUCUAUAAUAAAGAAAUGAUUACACUCGCGUGCGAGGCGUACUGAUUUUACGAAA